UUCCGGUUCCGCGUGGCCGCGGCUGUCGCACGGUCCCGGCUGUCGGUCCCGCCUGUCUGUCUGUCUGUCUGUCUGUCUGUCUGUCUGUCUGUGUGUCCCGGGUGUCGCUCGGUCCGUCCCGGGGCCGGUGCUCGGCGGCGCCAUGAACCGGCCGAAGGCGGCGGCCGUGCGGCGGCCCAGCGCCGUGCCCAAGCCCUCUGCGCACCCGCCGCCCGGAGACUUCAUCGCGCUGGGCUCCAAGGGGCAGAGCGGCGAGGGCAAGGCCGCCGUCACGCUGCUGAAGCCGGCGCCGCCCGGGCUGCCCUCGGAGCGCAAGCGGGACGCGGCCGCCGCCUUGGCCGGCCCGGCGGGGCUGCCCGGGCUGACCAAGCGCCCCAAGCUCUCCUCCACGCCGCCCCUCAGCGCCCUGGGACGCCUGGCAGAGGCGGCCGUGGCGGAGAAAAGAGCCAUCUCGCCCUCCAUCAAGGAGCCAUCUGUCAUCCCCAUCGAAGUCGUCCCCACAGUGCUGCUGGAUGAGAUUGAGGCAGCAGAGGCAGAAGGAAACGAUGACCGUAUUGAGGGGGUGCUGUGUGGAGCUGUGAAGCAGCUGAAGAUGAACAGAGCCAAACCUGACACCACGCUCUACCUCAGCCUUAUGUACCUGGCAAAAAUCAAACCCAACAUAUUUGCCACCGAAGGGGUUAUCGAGGCGCUGUGCAGCCUACUCCGAAGAGAUGCCUCCAUCAAUUUCAAAGCCAAAGGGAACAGCCUUGUGUCUGUCCUGGCAUGCAACCUUCUCAUGGCAGCUUACGAGGAGGAUGAGAACUGGCCAGAGAUCUUUGUCAAGGUGUACAUUGAGGACUCCCUUGGGGAGCGCAUCUGGGUGGACAGCCCUCACUGCAAGACGUUUGUGGAUAACAUCCAGACAGCUUUUAACACAAAGAUGCCUCCUAAGACCAUGCUCUUGCAUGGAGAAGUUGGACGUAGCGGAGGGGACCUUAGUGCUGGGAGUAGCCCACACCCUUCCAUGACAGAGGAGGAGGACAGCCAGAGUGAGCUGCUGAUUGCAGAGGAGAAAAUGAGCCCGGAGCAGGCGGGUCAGCUCAUGCCCAGGUAUGAAGACCUUGCAGAGAGUGUGGAGGAAUAUGUCCUGGACAUGCUUCGGGACCAGCUCAACCGGCGCCAGCCCAUGGACAAUGUCUCCCGGAACCUGCUCCGGCUGCUGACAGCAACCUGUGGCUACAAAGAGGUGCGUCAGAUGGCUGUGCAGAGGCUGGAGAUGUGGCUGCAGAAUCCAAAGUUGACCAAGCCAGCUCAGGACUUGCUGAUGUCAGUCUGUAUGAACUGUAACACCCACAGCUCAGAGGACAUGGAAGUUAUCUCUAACCUGAUCAAAAUUCGUCUCAAGCCAAAAGUCCUUCUCAACCACUACAUGCUGUGUAUCAGAGAGCUGCUGAAUGCACACAGGGAUAACCUGGGCACCACCAUUAAAUUUGUGAUUUUCAAUGAACUAUCAAAUGCAAGAAACCCCAACAACAUGCAGAUCCUGUAUACUGUGCUUCAGCACAGCUCAGAGCAAGCUCCAAAGUACCUGGCAAUGGUGUUCCAGGACCUGUUGACCACCAAGGACGAUUACCUGCGAGCUUCACGGGCUCUGCUGCGGGAGAUCAUCAAACAGACAAAACAUGAGAUCAACUUCCAGGCCUUCUGUCUGGGUCUUAUGCAGGAACGGAAGGAGGCCCUGUAUGCAGAGAUGGAAUUCAAGGAGCGGUUUGUCAUCCACAUAACCGACCUGCUAGCUGUCUCCAUGAUGCUUGGUAUCACAGCCCAGGUGAAGGAGGCUGGAAUUGCUUGGGACAAAGGAGAGAAAAAGAACCUGGAAGUGCUGCGCUCGUUCCAGAACCAAAUUGCUGCUAUCCAACGGGAUGCUGUCUGGUGGCUGCACACAGUUGUUCCAUCUAUCAGCAAGCUGGCUCCAAAGGACUAUGUGCACUGCCUCCACAAGGUGCUCUUCACAGAACAGCCAGAAACCUACUACAAAUGGGACAACUGGCCCCCUGAGAGUGACCGCAACUUCUUCCUUCGCCUGUGCUCCGAGGUGCCCAUCCUGGAGGACACCCUGAUGCGCAUCCUUGUGAUUGGUUUGUCGCGGGACCUGCCCCUGGGCCCCGCCGAUGCCAUGGAGCUCGCCGACCACUUGGUGAAGAGGGCUGCAGCUGUGCAAGCAGAUGAUGUCGAGGUCCUGAGGGUAGAAAGAAUCCAGCUGAUCGAUGCAGUCUUGAAUCUGUGCACUUAUCACCAUCCAGAGAAUAUCCAGCUACCCCCAGGGUACCAGCCUCCAAAUCUAGCUAUUUCCACUCUCUACUGGAAAGCUUGGCCUCUCCUGCUUGUAGUGGCAGCGUUCAAUCCUGAAAACAUUGGUCUGGCUGCAUGGGAGGAGUACCCCUCUCUAAAGAUGCUCAUGGAAAUGGUCAUGACCAAUAAUUAUUCCUAUCCUCAAUGUACCUUGACGGAUGAGGAGACACGCACAGAGAUGAUUAAUCGUGAACUUCAAAUCUCCCAGAGAGAAAAACAAGAGAUUCUUGCAUUUGAGGGUCAUCUGGCUGCUGCAUCCACAAAACAAACAAUUACAGAAAGCAGCAGCCUCUUGCUGUCCCAGCUGACAAGUCUGGACCCUCAGGGCCCCCCUCGCAGACCUCCACCACAUGUCCUGGAGCAGGUGAAAAGCCUGAACCAGUCACUUCGCUUGGGCCACCUUCUGUGUCGCAGUCGCCAUCCUGACUUUCUUCUCAACAUCAUUCAAAGACAGGCCUCAUCACAGUCAAUGCCAUGGCUGGCAGAUCUGGUUCAGUCCAGCGAGGGCUCCUUGGAUGUCCUGCCCGUGCAGUGCCUUUGUGAGUUCCUGCUUCAUGAUGCUGCUGAUGAAUCGACCUCGGGUGAAGAAGAAGAGGAGGGUGAGAGUAAGGACCAGCGUGCCAAGAAACGCCAGAGACAACAGAAACAAAGGCAGUUGCUUGGACGCUUGCAAGACUUGCUGUUGGGACCCAAAGCAGAUGAACAGACAACCUGUGAGGUGCUUGACUACUUCCUGCGGCGCCUGAGUUCUUCCCAGGUGGCUUCCCGGGUCCUGGCCAUGAAGGGCCUGUCCUUGGUGCUGUCGGAAGGAGGAAUGCGUGAUGGGGAGGAGAAGGAUCACCCCAUGGAAGAAGACUCGGGUGAUUCUGAGCUGCUGCAGGGAUAUCAGUGGCUGCUGAGAGACCUCCCGAGGCUGCCGCUGUUUGACAGUGUGAGAGCCACGACAGCUCUGGCCUUGCAGCAGGCCAUCCACAUGGAGACAGAUCCCCAGACCAUCAGUGCUUACCUGGUGUACCUCUCCCAGCACGCCCCAGUGGAGGAGCAGGGACAGCACAACGACCUUGCUCUGGAUGUUGCCCGAUUGAUCGUGGAGCGCUCCACCAUCAUGUCCCACCUGUUCUCCAAGCUCUCCUACAGUGCUGAGUCAGACGCGGUGCUCGUGGCUCUGCUCUCCAUCUUCUCCCGCUACAUCAAGCGCAUGCGGCAGAGCAAGGAGGGUGAGGAGGUGUACAGCUGGUCAGAGUCCCAGGAUCAGGUGUUCCUUCGUUGGACUAGUGGGGAAACAGCCACCAUGCACAUCCUUGUGGUCCAUGCCAUGGUUAUUCUCCUGACACUGGGGCCACCUCAAGCAGGAGAUGGUGAUUUUUACACCUUACUGGAUAUAUGGUUCCCGGAGAAAAAGCCCCUUCCUACUGCUUUUCUGGUUGACACCUCCGAGGAGGCUCUGCUGCUCCCUGACUGGCUGAAGCUGCGGAUGAUCCGCUCCGAGGUCCCGCGUCUCGUGGAUGCAGCCCUGCAGGACCUGGAGCCACAGCAGCUGCUUCUCUUUGUUCAGUCCUUUGGAAUCCCGGUUUCCAGCAUGAGCAAACUUCUGCAGUACCUGGAUCAGGCAGUAUCUCAUGACCCACAGACGCUGGAGCAGAACAUCAUGGACAAGAACUACAUGGCUCAUCUUGUGGAGGUUCAACAUGAGAGAGGAGCAACAGGAGGCCAGACUUUCCACUCCUUGCUUACUGCCUCCUUACCAGCCCGCCGAGACAGUGCUGAGACUGCAAGGUCAAAAUCUAGUCCUGAAAACUCUCAAAGUCAGAGCCGGAUCCGGGCCUUGAGCCAGGUCCGUGUUCUGGGCCCAGAAGAUGAUCUGGCAGGCAUCUUUCUGCAGCUUUUCCCACUGACCCCGGACCCACGGUGGCAGAACUCCAGCCUGCGGCCACUGGCCCUGGCACUGCAGCAGGCGCUGGGGCAGGAGCUGGCUCACAUCCGCCAAGGGGCCGCGCCGGCGAGCGGGAUGGCGGCGAGCGGGAUCACGGCGAGCGGGAUGGCGGCGAGCGGGAUCACAGUGAGCGGGAUGGCGGCGAGCAGGAUGGCGGCGAGCGGGAUCACGGCGAACGGGAUGGCGGCGAGCGGGAUCACAGUGAGCGGGAUGGCGGCGAGCGGGAUGGCGGCGAGCGGGAUGGCAGUGAGUGGGAUGGCAGCGAGUGGGAUCACGGCGAGUGGGAUCACGGCGAGCGGGAUGGCGGCGAGCGGGAUCACGGCGAGCGGGAUGGCAGCGAGCGGGAUCACGGCGAGCGGAAUCACGGCGAGCGGGAUGGCGGCGAACGGGAUCACGGCGAGCGGAAUCACGGCGAGCGGGAUCGCGGCGAGCGGGAUGGCGGCGAGCGGGAUCACGGCGAGCGGGAUGGCGGCGAACGGGAUCGCGGCGAGCGGGAUGGCGGCGAGCGGGAUCACGGCGAGCGGGAUCACGGCGAGCGGGAUGGCGGCGAGCGGGAUCACAGCGAGUGGGAUCGCGGUGAGCGGGAUGGCGGCGCGGCUGCUGCAGGCGGUGGCUGCGCUGCUCAACUCGGCGCACAGCGGUGCCCUGGUCAUGGCCAUGCACCGCCACCACUUCAUCUCCUGCCCGCUCAUGCGCCAGCUCUACCAGUACCACCGCUCCAUGCCACAGGACACUGCCUUCUCCUCGCUCUUCUUCAAAGUGCUCAUGCAGAUGCUGCAGUGGCUGGAGAACCCUGCGGUGGAAGAUGGUCCCCUGCGAGCUCAGCUGAAGGCCUUUGCUGUGCAAUACUCCUCGAGGCACAGGAUCAGUGAUGUUCGAGGUGGCUUCUUGCACCUCACAGAAGCUCUUUCUUUCCGUCGUGACCCUGACUUGAUCAGCUCCACAGUCUGUGCCAUCAUUGCAACUCUGAAAUCAGGAGAGAAGUGUAAUGUGGAGCCAGAGCUUAUCAGCAAAGUCCUUCAAGGUCUGAUUGAAACCCACUCUCCAUACCUGGAGGAGCUUCUGACUGUCCUCUUCUCAGCUACUGUUGAGACCACUGCCAGGUGUCCUGCUAUGAAACCAAUUGCUGUGGUGUGCUCCUUGUUGCUCCAGGACAAAGAAGAAACACCAGUAAAGAAGGAGGUGGAGAGUUGCAGUGCUGAAUCAGCUUGGCCGGGGCCUGCCUCUGGCCUUCUCAAUGACUGGCUGGAGAUGUUGGACCUGGAGGUCAUCAGCAGCUGCCCUGAUCUCCAGCAGAAGCUACUGUUCUCCUGGAACAAAGCAGGGUCCCAGGUGCCCUCCUUCCGCCCAUACCUCUUGGCUCUUCUGACUCACCAGUCCAGCUGGACCACGCUGCACCAGUGCAUCAGGCUUCUGCUUGGCAGGAACAGGGAGCAAAGGUUUGACCCAACUGCAUCCUUGGAUUUCUUGUGGGCUUGUAUUCACAUUCCUCGGAUCUGGCAGGGGAGGGACCAGAGAACUCCUCAGAAGCGCCGUGAGGAAUUCGUGCUCCACUUGAAGGCGUCAGAAUUGAUCAGCAUGGUGGAGCUGAUCCUGGCUGAAGCAGAGACCAGAUACCAGAACACUGACGAGGCCUCCUGCACACUCAUCCAGUCUCGACUGCCGUUGUUGCUCAGUUGUUCCCAUGGAGACCUUGAGAACAUCAAAAAAGUAACAGAGUAUUUGACCAGCUGCAUCCAGCAGUGGGGAAGCAGCUCUGUGGGGAAAUGCUGCCAGGACCUUCUGCUGCAGAUAUACCUGCAACUACCUGAGCUCCUUGUGCCUAUGCCUGAGAUGCUUCUUACCAGUGAAGGAGCCAGAGACAGCAGCACUUGCAAGCUUGAUGCCCUGGUUCACAGAUUCAUUAACCUCCUCGCAGACACCAGUGACUCCAAGUCAUCCGAAAGCCGCGUGUGGGAUGCCAAUAUGGCCUGCAGGAAGUUGGCUGUGGCCCAUCCCAUCCUCCUCCUUAGGCACUUGCCAAUGAUUGCAGCACUGCUGCACGGCCGCGUUCACCUCAAUUUCCAGGAGUUCAGGCAGCAGAACCACUUGACCUUCUUCAUCCACGUCCUGGGGAUCCUGGAACUGCUCCAGCCGCAGGUCUUCCAGAACGAGCACCAGGCGGCACUCUGGGACUGUCUCCUGUCCUUCAUCCGUCUGCUGCUGAACUACAGAAAAUCCUCGCGGCACCUGGCUGCCUUCAUCAGCAAGUUUGUCCAGUUCAUCCACAAGUACAUCACAUGCAAUGCCCAGGCAGCUGUCUCCUUCUUGCAGAAGCACUCGGAUCCACUCCAUGACCUGUCAUCAGACAACAGUGACCUAGCAAUGCUGAAGUCCCUCCUGGCUGGGCUGAGUCUGCCUAGUAAGAGUGGCCUCUUGGACAGGGGCUCUGAUGAAGAGAAGGAUGAUGAAGCAGCUGCUGGUUCUCUCCCCCUUGUCAGCGUGUCCCUCUUCACUCCCCUCACGCCAGCUGAAAUGGCCCCGUAUAUGAAGAGGCUCUCCAGAGGCCAGACAGUGGAGGACAUCCUGGAGGUGCUGACAGACAUCGAUGAGAUGUCCAGACGGAGGCCAGAAAUUCUUGCCUUUUUUGCUACAAACCUACAGAAGCUGAUGAGUUCAUCAGAGGAUUCCUGCCGAAACCUGGCCUUCAGCCUGGCUUUGCGCUCCAUUCAGAACAACCCCAGCAUUGCUGCAGAUUUCCUGCCCACCUACAUGUACUGCCUGGGCAGCCGAGACUUCGAGGUGGUGCAGACAGCACUGAGGAACCUGCCUGAAUACACCCUCCUUUGCCAAGAGCACGCAGCGGUGUUGCUGCACAGGGCCUUCCUGGUGGGCAUGUACGGCCAGAUCGACACCAGCUCUCAGAUCUCAGAGGCUUUGAAGAUCCUGCACAUGGAGGCCAUGAUAUGAACAUGUGCUUCUGGGAGUUUCACUUCCACAGGAAUUAAUUUAAUGGAUUCAUCAGCUGCAUUACAGCCCUGCAAGAAGAACAGUGUAUUGCAACCCAUGUUUGCUGGAGGAUCAAAGGGGAUGUGGCAGGCCAGACUGUUCUGGAAAAGGAGAGGGUGCUGACUGAAGAUCAGCAAGGGGCAAGGAUCAAUCUGGCUGGCUAAAAUGCCAUUAUUGUGGGAGACAAAUCUCCUGAACAUUGUGCCAAACAGGGACCACUUCCUUCAUGGGGUCUUGGGGCAGUGGCUGUUGGUUUGUUGUUUGGGGGUUUUUGUCUCUCCAGGAGGGCAGAGCUGCUGGGAGAGCAGAAGGGAGUGAGCGAUGGCCCUUGCACUUGAAAUAUCUGCACUCUCUGUGUUGGAGAGAACAUGCAGAUUUGUGCAGGGGGAGAGACCACUUUGGUUUCUGGGGGUGGGUGUUUUAUUUUUUUUAUUUUAUAAUUAAAAUUCUCUUUGUUUCCA